GGUGCACACCUGCCACAGCACGUGUGUGGCAACUGGAAGGUAUUGUCUGCUGUGUGGGUUCCAGGGGCUGGACUCCAGUUGUCCAAGCUGGUCAUCAAGUUCCUUUACCUGCUGAGCCAUCUCAUGAGCCUUCAAUUUUUUAAUCUGAAAACUGCACGUAAUUACUAAAGUCUGGGCCAGCAAUGUGGCCAGUCAGUCUAGCCCGGCUGGACCACAGCAGAGGUGCAUGUCCUAGACCUGUGGGGGAAACUGAGGCAGGCCAGCACAGCAUGUUUGGUCUUCCCAGAGCCACACAUGGCCACCUGUGGGGCUAGGGCCUUUCCUUGACCCCACACCAUUGUCCUUUUCUGCCUCUAGCCCUACAGGGAUGAAAAGUUGAGGAACAUCUUCAGAAUGGCUGCUCACAGGAAGGCUGUCUGCUCUAUACUGCCAAGCAGCUACUUGACUGAAGCAGCGCCUGUGGCCUCCCACUCCUUCCCCAUAACCAGAGUGUGGAAGCGUGUAACAAAGUUUUGAGAGCCAGCACGAUGGCUCGGUGGGUAAAGGUGUAUGUCCAUGCGAGCCUGGGGACCUGAAUUUUGCCCCUGGAACACACACAAAGGAGAAAAGAGAGAACCAGCUCCACAGAGUUGUCCUCUGACUUCUUCACCUGUGCCAUGGCAAAUGCACCCACAUACAUUAUAUACCUGAGCUAAGCCCUGCCCUCCAGGAACUGGCUCUUCCAUUCCUGGAGGCUGCACAGCACCCAAGCAGCAGAUAAAAAGUCGAGAUGACAGUGCCUGGCCAGCUUUCAGGCCCUUCUAGAUACCAACCUCUGUUUAGAGGAAAUUCUGUGUCUGAUAUUGAAAAGAGCUUGGUGUCAGGGGAGCCCUGGACCCCACCCUGUAUAUUUUUGUCCCUCCUGGGAGCAGCUGGGUCCUGUCAGUGUUCAGUGGAGUCUGGUAUUGGGGACUAAGGAAGGAGAGGGGUUUUAACCAAAAGAGGUAGUUAACUGGUGACAUAUAUGACCACUGGGGGCUGGAGAUGGGUUACAGAAUGAAAAAAACAUUUUUAGGCCCUCCCUCCAUUCUAGAAGCUGCCCAGUGGGAGCUCCACGAGCAAGCUGUGCGGUGGGUGGGCAGCUAUAUCUGUUUACAGGGUAUGACAGAGCCCAUGAUUGUAGGGGAGUGUCACUGUUAGACAUCCCAACCCUACCUGCUGAUCCAGAAAGCAUCACUGGCCUUUGUGAGGUCAUAGAAGUGGUUGUACAGGCCCCACCCACUUCCUAAGACCCUGGUUCUCUCAGCAACCAUGCCAAACCUCAAGUGCCUUGGGUCAGGGGCCUGUGGGAGCUCAGAAAUGGCACCUCCCAUACUCCCCUAGGAGGUAGCAGGACAUGAAGAUCCUAGGCUUCCUCUUUGCUCUUCAUGCUUUCCCUGAAUGCCCCUCCUUGCAGCUGUAGUGGCUCCCAGACCCUGACCUCCUCAAGGACCCAAUCUGGAAAGAUGCAGGCUGGUGGUGCCUGCCACUCAAGUCAGAGGCUCGGGGUGUGUGGGUGAGUGGAGGAUUCAUGUGUGCACCUAUGCCUAGAGUGGGAUCAAGGGCCCAAGCUCUAGCCCUCAUACAUUAUGAGUAUAUGCAAAGGCCCUUUUUCUGGGGAGUACCAUAGCUGUUGUCAGUGUGCCAAAAGCCCUAGGAACCUCCCAACCUAACCCUGAUUAGUUUCACAGACCCCACUAACCUCAGGUUUUAGAGCCAAUGACGGGAGAAACAGCUGUGGGGCCACUGACCAGCCCCGAGCUAAGGCCUCUUUCUCAAGACCCGCAUUAAAUCAUCUCACUGGUGCCUGAAGGCUGUAAGAACCUUCUGGUUAGCAGGAAACCCUAGGGGCAGCUAGGAGGCCUCUAGCUGUUGACUGGGGCAUCAAAACAAGGCCGUCAAGGGGGAUAGGCAAGCCCUCAGAAACCUAAGUUUUGGACAAAUCCCUUACCUGCCCACAAGACUAGUGGUCUGAUUCAACCCCAUCUGGUUCUCUCUUGUCCUUAGACCUCAAAUGGGUGGGUUGCCCUUCUUGCUGACCUUCUGCCUGUUCCCCACCUGCCUCUCUCCACUGCCCAGCCUCUGCCAAUUGGCAAACCAGGAGCUCUGGCACCUGUGAGUCCCUUGGAAGGCCCUGGCCAAUCUGGGAGCCCAGUCCAAGAGGAGCAGUCAGCAGUGAGGAAUACCAAAAUCCCUUCUGCAGAAGGCUGCCAUGACCCCCAGAAAGAGAUAAGUGCAGACACAGAUGUGCGAGGCUCCUGUUGCAUCCCAGGGCAAGCAGUCCAUGCCAAAACGCCCUCCAAAAGAGUCCCUACCUGAGGACUCUGAUCUCAAGGCAGUUCCCAGCACACAUACACUGUAUGUGGGCCACCUGAACCCCCAGUUCUCAGUACCUGUGCUUGCCUGUCUAUUGCGAGACACCUUGGAGCGUCUGGAGCUGCCGGUGGCCCGUGAGCACAUUGAGGUGGUGAGGCGGCCACGGAACACCUAUGCACUGGUGCAGGUGGCCACCCAUAAGGCUGCCCUGGCCUCGCUCCCCUGGCGCUUGCAGAUGGCCUUGGAGGAACAGCUGAUCCUCAAAGAGCUCACAGCUCGUGGCAAGGAACUGGUGUUGAGUGAGAGCUUGGAGCACCUACACCACAGGGAGGUAAGUGAGACCCACCUAAGAGACCUAAGCCACAGUCCUGGUUCCAGCCCAGGCUCUAAACUCCCACUGCCAACUCAGACUACAGACCCCUCCCCUAGUUGGUGCUGCGAUGGUCGACGGCAUAUCUCCCAGAACCGGCCCAGUACUGUGCGCUCUGACAGCGCCAUCGUACACCAAGAGAUCCUGGGCCAGGAACAGCUCUUCAAGGGUGCCUUCCUGGGCAAUGAGACACGGAACAUGGAGUUCAAGCGGGGCAGCGGUGAGUAUCUGAACUUGGCUUUCAAGCACCACGUGCGGCGCUAUGUGUGUGCCUUUCUCAACAGUGAGGGUGGCAGCCUGUUCGUGGGUGUUGAGGACAAUGGCCUGGUGCAGGGCAUCCGCUGUAGCUACCGUGAGGAGGACCGUACCCGCCUGCUGGUAGAUUCCAUCCUACAGGGCUUCAAGCCCCAGGUCUUUCCUGAUGCCUACACCCUCACCUUCAUCCCUGUCAUUAGCACCUCUACCUCCAGCAUGCCUCUCAAGGUGCUCCGUCUGACCGUGCACACACCGAAGGCCCAAGGUGAGCCACAGCUAUACGAGACAGACCAGGGAGAGGUGUUCCUGCGGCGUGAUGGGAGCAUCCAGGGCCCGCUGUCUGUGGGUGCCAUCCAGGACUGGUGCAAGCAGAAGUGGACGGCAGAACUGGGCAAGCUGGAGGAGAAGGUGAAGGUGCUAUUGGUGGAAAAGGAGCAGCUCCAGCAGCAGCUGAGGCAGCACCGGCCCCUGUCAUGCAGCUGCUGUGUCCUGUGAGGACUUAAGGCAGAUGUGGGCUCAGGCCUGAAGUAACACACCUAGGCCACAGGUGGACUGGAGUGCUGGCCUCCCCUCUCCCUCAGCACUGCACAUGCUAGGACCCCUGUGGCUUUGCCCCAGAGCAGAUGCAGUACCAAAGCACUAAACAGCUCUUAGCACAUCCCCAAGGAACCUUUCAGAAAAUCUGGCUAGAGCCACUUGAACUGAGCUCUAAGGGACUGUUCCUCUAACCCCAACCCUAAAUGCUCCUUUUGCCCAAGCCAAUUCCAGUCAGCUAGAAAUCUGUCAUCUUGAAAAUGCCACUUGCAGCCAGCUAACUUGGUUAUGGGGCAAGCAGACUACCCUGUGCUCUCCCCUUUAACUUGCUACUUGUCAAAGCCCCUUAAUAAAUCACACAGUGGAGCACUUGGUUAUUUCUAGGAGACUGAGUCGGCCAGCCCAGAGGCUGUUGUCACAAGUCCCAUGACCAACACACCUGCGCUCUGGAAGCAGAGCCCACUCUGAGAUACAGCACUGUGGUCAUUCAGUACCCAGUACAGCUCUGCCUUAAGACCAGGCACCUGGGGCAACAGAGCAGCCCUGUAUAGGAAGGGUCUGGCUCCCAUUCCCUGAACCUCAGGCUCCUAUAGAGGAUUCCUACCCCUGCCAUUUCCUUGCUACUGGUUGCCAUUAAAACCAGAGCCUGAUCCUGCCCUGCUGUCCUGUCUACGCUCCUCUUUCACCAAGAGGAAGCCCAUCUGUGCUGUUUCAUCUGCUGAUCUUACACCAGCCAUGCCAGCUACGGCAACCAACCCACCUCUGCAGUGGCUGCUCCCAUGCCUGGGACCCUCUUCCCUCAGUGAGCUCCAGGCUUCUCUACUAUAAGAAGGGCCUGGCCUUGAACUUGUGGCAAUCCUCCUGUCUCCACUUCCCUCCACCUCUUUCCCAAGUGCUGGGAUUGCAGGCAGGAGCCAUUCCCUUACUUUUUCCUCCAUAGCAUGGUCACUCUGUUUUCCAUUAAAAUACAUGAUCCAGGGGGCAAGGAUAUGGUCUAUGUUCAGAACCUAAUACAUGGCAGGCCUGAAGCAGGUGCACAGUAAUUCCCUAAUGUGACAAUUAAGGAUACUCCCACAUCUGGGCUCUGAGCUACCAGAAAAUUUGUGGGAGAAAAUGAUAAACGGCAUUUUAUAGGGCAGGGGUUCCACAGAAGCACUUUAAUCAGCAGUCACUUCCUUGGUAAGAGGUCUUUGGUCACAUCCACAGAGCAGUACUGAAGAGAAAAGCUUUGGAGCUGGGAAGAUGACUCAAUCAGGUGCCUGCUACAUAUACAUGAGGACCUGAAUGAUCUCCAGCACCCACGUAAGAAGUUGAUUUUUGAGCUGCAAGCUCAGUGAGACACUGUGGAAGGGGAGAAUGACUGAGGAAAACAGCUGAUGUCAAUCUCUAGCUUACACUUACACACACACACUGGAAAACUCAGUUCCCUACCCCACAUUCAACAGCACCUUCCCCUGCUUCCCUCUACACACACAACAUUCACACCAGCUCCGAGACCUGAUUUUCCUGUGCAUCAAAUAGAAUACAAACCCUGCCACAGCUCACAGGGCUUAUACGGACCAAACAUGAUCACAGAUGCGCCUACCAUGAUAGAUACCAAACUCCUGUCACCCACACACUGUGCUUUCCCCAGGGUCUCUGUAGCCACUUAAGAGCCAUCCAAAGAACGCACUACUGAGGCCGAGGCUCACAGGUAAGCACUUGAUGAGUAGCCCCAGCACAAUAAAUAAGCUUACUCAAGAAGCCAGAGGGCAGCGUUUCUGGGCACAACCCGUGUGCCAAGCACCAUGCUAGAAGAAGUGUUCUCUGGGAGGAAGCUGGUUUCUACAAAGGUAGGUGAAGUGGAAACACAGCUGCUGUCCCCUGGAUCCGAGGGAGGUUAGCACAGGAUCAUCAGGUUUCCUUCUGCCAAAAAGCAGCAGCUGGGCGCUGGUUUUGGAAGGCUGCCCUACGGUGCCAGCCAGCAUCAGUCCCAUCAGCACGGCAAGCUUUGGGGAG